CUUGGCAGCGAAAUGCUCGUGAAAUCAAAAAGUAAAUACAAAUAAAACUUAUACAAUUAUUGUGUACAAGGUGUAAGAUAACUCAAUCGUAAUUCACAAAGCAGAUUAUAAGUGAAUUUAAAUUUCAUGUCGAACAACAGUGUGUUUUAGAUAAAUUUGCUGAGCUAAAAUGUCAGGGGAAAAAAGGCCUACUAGUCCAGAGAAUCCUGAAGAAGCAGAGGAUGGAGAGGGCUGGAUUGGGCCCUUGCCAUCGGAGGCAUCAACAACGGCAACGAAACCUAAAAAACGCAAAGUGUUGGAGUUUGAAUCUCUAUAUCUAGAAAACUUGCCACUAUCUGAAACAUAUGAGAGAAGCUACAUGCACCGAGAUGUUGUGACACAUGUUGUAGUUACAAAGACAGACUUUGUUAUAACUGCCAGCCAGGAUGGACACUUGAAAUUUUGGAAAAAGCAGGAAGAAGGGAUAGAGUUUGUGAAGCAUUUCCGCUGUCACCUGGCACCUAUCAGCCAUGUUGCUACAAACAGCACCGGCACCCUGCUUUGCACAGCUUCCACUGAGAAAACUGUCAAAGUUUUCGAUGUUGUUAAUUUUGACAUGAUCAACAUGAUAUCAAUAGAGUUUGAACCAUACUGUACAGAGUGGGUGCAUUCCGCUGGCGACCCUAUAUCAGCGAUAGCAGUAUCAGAAAAGGGCACAAACAAAAUCCACAUAUUCGACGGCACGCAAAUCUCGGGAACCCCAUUACACACCUUCGAGUUGCAUCAAAACGAGGUCGUCACCAUCAAAUACAACCCAGUUUUCGAAGCGGCAGUGUCUGUGGACAAAGCUGGUAUAGUCGAGUACUGGACCGGACCUAAAUAUGAGCACGAGUUUCCGAAAAACGUCAAAUUCAAAUCCAAAUUGAGCACGGAUCUGUUCGAUUUCGUGAAGAAUAAAACUUACCCCACUGCUUUGGAUUUUUCGCCAGAUGGAAAGAAAAUGGCUGCCAUAAGUUUGGAUAGAAAGGUCCGAGUGUUCCACUUCUUAACGGGAAAACUGCACAAAGUUAUAGACGAGAGUCUGCAAAGGUUUCAAGAGCUACAGCAUCAGACACAACAGCUGCCUAAUAUGGAGUUUGGGAGACGAAUGGCAACGGAGCGUGACCUUGACAAAUCGGAAGCGGCUCAGCUCGCGAACAUAGUGUUCGACAGCAGCGGCCACUUCGUAGCGUACUCCACCAUGCUGGGCGUGAAGCUCAUCAACCUCGCCACCAACCGCUGCGUCGCCAUGCUCGGCAAGCCCGAGAACUUGCGCCCGUUGCACCUGGCGCUGUUCCAGGGUAGAACCAAUCAGUCUAAACUGGCGACGACACUCGAAAUGGAAGGAUCCGACAACCCGACACUGCUUAACAUAAAAACUGACCCGACGCUUUUCUGCACUGCGUAUAAGAAGAAUCGCUUCUAUAUGUUCUCCCGGCGAAGUCCGGACGACGUGAAGAGUCCGGACGCUGACCGGGACAUCUUCAACGAGAAACCCUCGAAGGAGGAUAUCAUAUCUGCUACCGAAGGACAAGGCGUCCAGCGCCUGUACGAGCAGGCGGUGCUGCACACGUCGCUGGGGGACGUGCACGUGCGCCUCUUCGGCAAGGACGCGCCGCGCACCGUCGAGAACUUCUGCGGCCACGCGCGCAACGGCUACUUCAACGGGCACAUCUUCCACCGCGUCAUCAAGGGGUUCAUGGUGCAGACUGGCGACCCCACGGGCACUGGCACCGGCGGGGAGAGUAUCUGGGGCGGAGAGUUUGCGGAUGAGUUCCGGCCGCACCUGAAACACGACCGGCCCUACACAGUGAGCAUGGCCAACGCUGGCCCCAACACCAACGGCAGCCAGUUCUUUGUCACGCUGGCCCCCACUCCCUGGCUCGACAAUAAGCACACGGUGUUCGGGCGAGUGGUGCGCGGUAUGGAGGUGGUGCAGAACAUCGGUAGCGUGAAAACCAACCCCAAGACGGACAAGCCUUACGAUGACAUACGAGUCAUAUCUGUCACUGUCAAAUAACUUAUGGCGAAUUAAAUUAAGGCUAAAUAAAUAUUUUUGAAUGCUAACUACAGA